AUGGGUGAUGAAGUAGAAUCAUCAACCAAAGGAAAAAACAUAGAAUGUGAUAUGCAGAAGAAGAAUCCAGUUUACCAUCUAGGGUCGAGUGAUGGUCCAGGCAUCAUCAUCACGCCGAUUGUCUUGAAGGUAACUAACUACGAUGAAUGGGCUAGAGCCAUAAGAAGAUCAUUAAUAGAUAAAAGGAAGUUUGGUUUUGUUGAUGGAACAAUCACAAAACCUGAACAUCAUGACCAGUUGGAAGAGUGGAUUGAUGUCCAGUCAAUGCUUGUUUCAUGGAUUAGCAACACGUUAGAAUCAUCGAUUAGAUCGAGUUUGGGAGACUAUGAUAAUGCAAACUUGUUGUGGACACAGUUGAAGAGAAGAUUCUGUGUUGUAAGCGGAACCAGAAUCUGUCAGCUGAAGGCUUCGUUGAGUGAGUGCAAACAAAAGAAAGCAGAAGGUGUAGCUGAGUACUUUGGGAGAUUGAACAAGAUAUGGGAUGAGAUGGUCACAUACAUGAAGGUACCUCAGUGCAAGUGUGGUAAUUGCACUUGUAAUAUCGCAACACAGGUUAGUAUGUUGAGAGAAGAAGAUUUUCUGCAUUAUUUUUUAAUUGGAUUAGACUCUGUGUAUAGUUCCUUGCGUGAAUAA